CUCCACAGACAAGGCACUGCAGUUCAGCGAAUCUUUUCUUGCUUGCUCGCAACUUCACUCUCUCCAUCCUCGGCCCUUGUAUUGUUCGACCGGGCAGCGGUGAAGUCAGCAUGACGUCAUCUAGAUAUGCGAUAGCCUGGCAAGGUGAAACAGAGUUUUGGUGAGUGGUUUUCUCCACGGCCUGCGUUGCCUACAGAGAGAGAGAGGCGCGGAGCUGCAAAACAUGGUAAUCAUCACCGCCACCACCUCAAGCUCUGCCGCGCACUCUCCUAUUUCUACCCCUCUGCACCGGGGCUCUUGUUUCAUACCCAAAGUUCAGACUUGCGUUCCAAAAAUAAUCCACUGCCAGCAUGCCGAAGGAAGAAAAACAAGAAGAGUGGUAUUUUUAGGGCCAUUAAUUUUGACCACGUGCCCCGAAGGUAAACCGGAAGGCCAUUACCCAAAGGCUCCUCAUCAGUAUGUCCUACGAGGCCAGCACGCACUGGACGUUGACUGCGAUUGUUCUCUUGGGGUACCUAGUCGGGAUUGUGUCAUCAUAUCCUAUUCCAAGCAGGACAAAUGCAACUUUAUUGGAGAAAAGAUGGGAGACCCUCUUCUCCCGCUCCAUUCUGGGCAUCUCGGGGGAGAGAUCGGACCUGAACUGGGAGAGUGACUAUUUGCUAGGUAUCAAAAGAGUGCGGAGGCUCUACUGCAACGUGGGCAUCGGGUUUCACCUCCAGGUCCUCCCAGACGGCAGGAUAAAUGGUGUACAUAAUGAAAACCAGUACAGUCUAUUAGAGAUCUCAACGGUAGAGCGAGGAGUGGUUAGCUUGUAUGGUGUGAGAAGUGAGCUGUUUGUCGCAAUGAAUGGCCGAGGAAGGUUAUACGGAACGACAGUCUUCCAUGAUGAGUGCAAGUUCAGAGAGAGCAUGCUUCCAAACAACUACAACGCCUAUGAGUCUUCCGUUUACAGAGGCUCCUACAUUGCUCUCAGCAAACAUGGCCGUCUGAAGAGAGGCAAAAAGGCCACCACUGCCAUGACUGUGACACACUUCCUCCCCCGAAUAUGAGCAAAACUGGCAGGCAAUAACUCACUUAUUUGCACAUGUGGAUUGUUGUCCAGGUAACAUUAUACUGUAUACACCAAUACAAAUGGAUUGAAAAAGAGAGAAAUACCACUAUAUGAUAGUAUUUAUUCAGUCUUUAUAUGUAUAUUUCGGUAGCUUACUUUGUAUUAGAACUUACGGAUAUGCCAUUAAUUGCUGCUUAUUAUUUUAUCAGUAUUAUAUAAGGGGUGGAGAAGCUUCAUCUGUCCCCUUCACUUUGAAUGGGUGCUUGCCAUACAUAAAUGGUGGAGACCUUGCCCUGUCAGUAGAUGACAGCUCAUCUCAGCAUCUAGAAGUGAAAUGGAUACUUUUUUAUUACCUCAAAGCGCCAUUUCCCAAAUGAAAUAAUGUGUGCAUGAUAUUUCUACUGAGAAGAAUGCCUGUUUACUUUGAACUUUUGUCAUUAUCCAUCAAGAACUAAACAUUUUCCAUAAUCUGUGUCAACAUUAUAUCAUUGUCUAGUGAGGGCAACUAGAGCACUCACCAAAUAUUUGUUUCCUUGCUUUGUGAUGAGGGGGUGGUUGCCUUUGAUUCCUACUUGUGGCUUCUUCCCUUGCAUGUGAGAAACGCUCCCCUCAGUCAGAAAUAGGGAUGACACGCAAGUCAUCACUCCCUCAGUGACUCCGGGGGGCUUUAGCCCAAUUCCUAGAGGGCCAAAAGUAUCUUCAGUUUAUUUUCUUUCCAAAUUUAGAUCAGUUAAGUAAUUGAGACUGUGUUGGACAGGACGGACCCCUCAGGAGCUCACAGCCAUUGAUGUGGGAAGCUAGAACUGGAGACCCACCAUGCUAGGAGAACUUUGACAAUCCUGUUUUUUAUGAGGCUGGAGGGUUUUAUGAGGCUGAGUGUGAAAUGGCUGGAUGUUUAGACCAGAUUGAAAUGUGUGUGUGUCUGGUCUGGACUAACUGGGAGACUGCUGUAUCGAUCGAUCAAACAGUUUGAUUCGUUUUUUAAACUGAUGAGGGUUGAAACCUUAACUUAUCUGCCGGUUUGAAUUUUUUUUUUAGCACUUUUACAGUAUCUCCAUUUCUGCAGUAAAUGUUGAGCUGCAUAAAUAGUGCUUGUUUUCACGUUCAAUCUGUAAAUGAGGGUCUGCUACAUUAAUUCGAAAAAUAUGUAAAUAUUCCUAUUACAUUUUUUGAGAAGGGAUCAUUAUUUCACGCAAUUAAGAUGUGCUAACAACAUUUCAGGUAUCACAAUCUGGCUAUUAUGUCUAAUAUCUGAUAUUUAGAUAAUAAUAAGGAUUGUACUCAUAUGUACCUGUUUCUCUCUUUUAUUGUUUAAACUGGUUAUUAAUUUGUAAGAUCUUGUGUGGAAGAAAAACAGAAGCAAUGUCUCAAAGCAAUUCACCAAAGGCUUACAGUAGUGAUGUUUGAAGUCAAUGCUUGCUUGCUCUCCUCCUCGAAUACUGUACCUGAGCAGACCCCCCUUGGCCAGUUGACACUGUAAAACCCUUUGUUCAACAACAGUCUUGAGAUUCCAAAAGUAUCCUUCCUCUCCCACCCGAAGCCAUUUUAGUACAAGGUCAGAGUCAUAGACCUCUUUCACUGUGUCUAAGCACAUGGUGUUCAGGUUCACCAGUGUCACUUUGCCCCUUUGACGCCUCUUUGCCCUACGUUCGCUCCGUUAUUCCUUUAUUUAUUUAUGAAUGGUGUGUAGCUCAAUGAAAACCUUGCAUGAAUGAUAUAAGGUGAUUUUUGGUUGUAAGUGGUUUGAUUCUGUAUCUCUCUUUGACUGGUCGCCAAUGAGCAUGGAUUUAUUGGGAAUGGAGUGGCAUAAUCUGAUUUAAAGAUUUACCUUUGGCUAUUACAAUGCUAUAAGUAUGUUUGGUGUGUCUGAGUAAAAUACACAGGAAAGGUCAUCUUUGACCUCUUUUACCAAACUUUAACUUCACGCCUGUUAAAUUCUACUUCCAACACAGCAUUGGUAGCCCACUGUAAAAUGGAUGUGAGAUGGUACUUACCCACACACAAGUACUUACAGUAGUAAGGAGACAGGCUGAGGCUUGACGCAGUGUCUGGUUGUGAUGGAACACAGGAAGCAUCUGUGUCAAAUCAAAUCAAAUUGUAUUGGUCACAUACGUGUUUAGCAGAUGUUAUUGUGGGUGUAGCGAAAUGCUUGUGCUUCUAGCUCCGACAGUGCAGUAAUAUCUAACAAGUAAUAUUUGACAGUUUCACAACAUAUACCCAAAAUACACGUAAAUCUAAGUAAGGAAUGGAUUAAGAAUAUAUAUACAUAUAUGUCAGUGAGGCAUUGGACUAAGAUACAGUGGCAUAGUAUAGAGUACAGUAUAAACAUAUUUACAAACAUUUACAAACAUAUUUACAAACAAAGUGACUAAGAUACCGUAAAAUAGUAUAGAGUACAGUUUACACAUAUGAGAUGAGUAAUGCAAGAUAAGGAGACAUCAUUAAAGUGGCUAGUGUUUCAUUUCAUUGUCAACAGUCAUCAUACUCCAUAUUUGCCACAGCCAAAGAGAAAGCAAAGUUCCAAUCACAUCAAUUCACCAAGCUGAAAUUGUAUUGAUGUGCUAGCUAGGCGCUAUUUCAAUCAAGGAGGAUGGCAGACAAUGAAAAUAUGUAACACAAAGGCUGUUUUGGAUUUAAACCGUUAUGAGACAAAACACGAUUUUAUAUGGAUAACUAGUAGUGCUGUUGCUUGAACAAUCGUGCUCCCAGGAGAUAUAGCUACUGCAAGUUAAAAGUGUUUUUCAGUCUGCCAAGUAGAAUCAUCUCUACAGCUAGCACCAGAUCAAGCCCACUUUCAUUGUCACAAUGGAACUGAAAAAUGUCUUCACCACCACCUACCUAUUCAGGAUGAUGAUCAGUAAUUGAGGAAUGAAUGAAAACAAGCUUUUCCACUGUCUUGCAUGUGUUCGUCUGGGAUGAUAACAGCAGGAUUCAUGGUUUAUUGAAUUUGGAUGGUGCAACAUCUUAUCUUCCAUCCUUUCUUCUCCCCACAAUGUCGUCAUAAUAAGACAUGAAAUGUGAAUGUUCAUGAAGGUGAAUAAUAUUUGUUUUGAUAAAAACAUCCUUAUCAUUCUUUUUUUUCAUAUGGGCAACAGGACACUAUCAUGACAACAUGCAAAUACGUGAACUGAAAUAGAUAUUUGGAAGUGUGAGAAUUGUGCCUCUGUCACAAUGGCUUCUCAUGUCAUGACUGGCACCUAGUUCAGUGUCCACCUGUUAGUCCUGACCAUAGGUCUUUGUACCAAAUGUAUUAAAGCUGCUUAAAGAGUGUUAGAUACUCAAAUGGUGUUCAAGCCUACAGUAACUUACAAUACAGUGCGUUGCAGGCUCUCCAACUUGUGAAAAGGUGCUAUGGGUGGUAGUGGAUAAGGGAGUGGUGGUAGCGAUUCAGUGUGUGUCCCUGUGUAUCGGCAGCCUAAGUUUGAGUUCUCUCAGUUUUCUAUUCCUGCACUGAGGGGAGUGUGCUUCCUUCUGAAUCCCCCUCCUCUUUUUUAACAUAUACCUCACCUUCUGCCUUAGUUCCGAUUUAUUGAAAUGAUUGUAAAUUAGUUUGAAAUAACAGACUUCUCCAAUCAUUUGUUUCUUAAAAAAAUAUGAUGACGAGUAAGAAUGCUAAUAUACUAAAAAUGGUUUUCCUUUUAUUUUUGUACGUAUGUGCUGUGCACAGCAGUCAACUGUAUUCCUGAAUGAAUAAUAAAACAUGUUUUAUAUGG